AAAUGCGCAGCACUGCUCAACAUCACUAAUACUUUUCUAGAAAAAAGCCGAAAACAUAAAGCUGCAAAUUGUUGCAAAAGUUUGCCAAAAUGGUUGAUUAUAGCAAGUGGAAAAAUAUUGAGAUUUCGGAUGAUGAGGACGACACACAUCCCAACAUCGACACGCCUUCGUUGUUUCGCUGGCGACACCAAGCUCGCGUUGAACGCAUGGCUGAGUUUGAUCAUGAGAAGGAAGAGCUGAAGAAAAAGCAGCAGAGUUGUAAGGCACGGCAAAUGGAUGUUAAGGAGCGCAUCGCCAAGAAAGAGGGAGAUGAGUCAGCGCUUAAGAAAGAGUUGGAGAAGAUUGAAAGCGAAGGCAAAGAGCUUGAGCGUCAGGAGUCUGAUCUAAUUAAGAAAGAAAAGAAGGCACCAUGGAAUGUUGACACAAUAAGCAAACCUGGUUUCGAGAAAACAGUCAUUAACAAAAAAGCUCCUCGCAAGUCAGAUGAGGAUCUCACAGAGGAGGAGCGAGAACAGCGCAUGAAACAGUUUGUGAAAGAAAAUGAGAAGCUUUGCAAACAGUAUGGCAUGAUGCGUAAAUACGACGAUUCAAAGCGCUUCCUACAGGAGCACCUAGAUCUGGUUUGCGAAGAGACAGCAAAUUAUUUGGUCAUCUGGUCAAUUAAUCUAGAAAUGGAAGAAAAGCAUGAACUGAUGGCGCAUGUAGCGCAUCAAUGCAUAUGCAUGCAAUAUAUACUGGAGUUGGCAAAGCAGUUGGAUGUGGAUCCUCGCGCCUGCGUCAGCUCUUUCUUCUCCAAGAUACAGCAAUGUGUACCAGAGUAUCGUGAACAAUUCGAAAGUGAAAUCGAGGGAUUCAAGGGACGCAUUAGAAAACGUGCAGAGGAAAAGAUUAAGGAGGCCAUGGCACAGGCGGAAGAGGAGGAGAAACAAGCGCGCAUGGGACCAGGUGGUCUGGAUCCCGCUGAUGUCUUCGAGACGUUGCCUAAGGCACUACAAGAUUGCUUUGAGUCACGGGACGUUGAGCUGCUGCAGAAGAGUAUUGCAGCCAUGCCGGUGGAGGAAGCCAAGUAUCACAUGAAACGUUGUGUUGACUCUGGUCUCUGGGUGCCAAAUGCCGCGGACGCUGCUCUGGCCACUGAUGAACCAGAGGAUAAGGGUGAAGAUGCUGACGCUCCAGCUGAGAAGGCAACUGAACAAAAAAAAAGUGAUGCCUCAAAAGAGGAACCCAUUUAUACUGGCGUCAGCACUGAGGAUGUUGACUGAUCAUACGCCGCCACGCAUUGCAGUUUCAUGUUCACUUUAAGCCUAAUAUUAAACACCAUAUGUUGAGAAGUGUGUUGCACAUCAAGCAUUUUUAAGUUUAUUAUGUAUAUAAUUUUAAAUAAAACUAUCAAAUUCU